AUGAAAGCACCAAUAAAUGUCAACUCAGACGUCGAGAAUAGUAUAAAACGUCAUGAAAUCACAGUUGCUGAUAAUAAUGAUCUUCUGAACAACGAGCUUCGAGGUAUAACCGCCAUGACAUCCCCGAAUGAUAUAUCUGAUGAAGAUGGCAGCUUAUUUAGUUCUACAUUUCCAUCCCCAAUGGAAUCAAUCCCUGAAACUGAAUACCUGACAAACUCAAAAGAAACAUACAACGAUUUAACCGCUCAAAACCAAGAGGACAUGAGGGAAACUCGAAGGUUAAUCAAAGAGCAUAUUGCCGAAUGCCUCCGAGAUGACAGUGAUGAUGAAGUUUUGCCCCCUCCUUCCAAGGAAGAAAUGAAGCAGUUUAUAAAUACUUGUUUAAACGAUUCGCCAAGGCGACAUGAACCUGACAGCUCUGGUAAUUCAAAAAGUGCCGCUGAAGAUAGUGCAUUAGCUACAAAAGAAAUAUUUUCAUUUUCUGAGCCACCACUAACUUGUGGAAACGAAACUCGGCCAUCUGAAGAUUACCAAUCUUCGUCUCAAUUUGGGGAAGAGCAGAUUGAGAGUACUGCAACAAUUUACGAUAUCUCUCCAUUAAAUGAUGAAAUGGACCAAGGAUAUGCGAAAAAAUCUAAUAAUAAUAAUGAUGAUGCUGAUUUUAGUAACAUUAACAAACAAAUAAUACCGUCAGACAUAGGAACAAAUGAUAAUGAAGUACAUCCUGCUCUCAGUCGAAAUGAAGAAGAGCAACCUCUCAAACAAUCUUCCAUAAAUGUAUCAGCCUCAUUACCUUUGCCAGAAAUUGAAUCGCCUCAAACUGAUGAAUUUCCUUUAGUAGAGCAAAAUACCAGGUUUGAACAUGUUUUAUUUUCAAAUAAUGAUAUUAUACUGGAAGAUAAAGAGACCCUACUAACAGCGGCUCAUGAAAAAAAAUUAUCUCUUGGGAUCGUAGGAAAAACAUCAACAUUCUCUCUAUUGCUUCCAAGCCCUCUAUUAGAAACAUUAAUUGAUGCUGAAACUAAUUUUACCCAAGAUACAAUUGGAGAAAGCAGUAAUGCUGUUUCUUCUUGUUCAACGAUUGUUCAUAUCGACAAUAAUGCACCCAGCUAUGGCAAACUACAUACAGAGCUAGAAUCAAGUGGACUCAAUACCAUAAUUGUCAAUAAGAUGCCUGAGUUGAGAACUUCUAACGAAAGUGAUAAAACCUUCCCGAAGAAUAUAGAAAUGCCAAAUGAAACUAGUGGUAAGAAUGUAAUAUCUGGCGCAAAUACUCCAACAGUACCAUCAAGAGAAACCUAUUUCAUGGAAGAUAGGGUAGCUAGCACAAACUCUGAAGGAACAGAAAAAAUACAUUUUGACGAGCAAAACCAUGAUAAACACAUUACAGUUUCAAGCUCUAUACCACUAGAGAGGGACUAUAAAAGCGAAGAGGAGUCUAUCCCAUUUUUACGAAAAUAUAAUCAUAGAAUAAAAAAGUCGCAUGAACCGAUUAUUCUUUCAGCCAAAAAAGAGAUGAAUAGGAUACGGCAUAAUGAUAUUACCAGAACAGUUAUUACAAAAAAUACUUUAGAGAUGACUCCACUAUAUUUUGAUGAUGGAUUGUCCCUUUGGACUGAUAAGAAUUUAAUAACCGCGCAUUAUAAUAUGCAUUCAUCAAUUAAUCAAGAGAUAUACACAAGUGCGUCACCUUCGCUAGCAAUGACAAAUUUGGCGAAGACGUACAAAGAUCGGUCAAACCUAUUUACUGAAAAAGAACUUAUAGGCGGUAGCUUCAGUCCAUUAUGA